CACAGCAUUCUCAAAAGUGUAGGAGGGAUGAUACACCUUAAAUUGCAACCGGUGGAAGGGAAUUCAACAUCCUCAAAUUCUCCUACAACAUCAAUACCUUCAUCGACGACACUUCCACCUAAGAAACAAAGACCAAAACCAAUAAGGCCAAUCUGGGACAGACUCAUAUUUCCUUACACUCUGGAAGAUUGGAAGAUCAUUAUGGAUGAAGUCAAGAAGUUGUACUUAGGACGGCAAUACAAACAGUGCACUGCACGAUGCAUCAAUAUUCUCGAUAGCAUCACAGAUCCAGUAUGUCAAGUUCAGUGAUUUGUAUUUGUCAUACUAACAUAAUACUCAGUAUCGGGUUCAUCCUCUUUAUUCACUUUUCCUGUCCUUUUAUUGUGCCACUUGUUUAGAGAUAACGGCAUCGAAUCUUCACAACAACUCUCCUCAAAAGCUUUCGCUGCUUCGAGAUUCUUUAUUGUACUUUCAAAAAACAGAAGAAUAUCUCACAUACGCAGAUAUACCCAUCGAAAGCGAUGAUCUGACACCAGCCAAUCGAUCCUCUUCGAUGUCAUCUACAUCGAGUGCUCGUUCUUCUGUGGAUUCCGUGUUCUCAUCAACAUCAUUUCCUUCUACUGCAGACGGGCUCUCGCCCGCUUUCUCAUCCUGCUCGUUCGAGGAUGAUAAUGACGAAAAAAGUCCUACACGCAGACGCACACUCUCCGUGUCAUCAAUCGCAUCGGCACAAUCCACACAAUCCACACAAUCGACAGAAACCACUAUUACCACAGAUAGACCCGCACCACUGCGAAUAAAAAAGAAAGUUUCUUUUUCUCCAGCAUUACCCACAUUGAUAUCCGCACAGAAUCUUGAAAACUCAAGCAGUAUGGAAACUAUUCCCCGCUCUAUUCAAUCCCAAUUUACACUUCCUCGACCUAUAAUCUCCUCCAAAUGCCAGUCACCAUCUCCGAUUCACCCCUCUCUCAACAUACAUCUCACCAGCUAUAAUCUCAACCUCUCAUCAUUAACCACGCAACUUACCUAUCAUAUCACACACGUCAACAGCGCCAUCGAUACCAUCCAAAGUUUACGUAAAUCUCGACGCAACAAUCACUCUUCAUUUUCCCCUUCUUUAUUCAAUUCCUCUGGUGAUCUCAGUGACGAGGAUAAAGAGGAGAUGAGACGAAAGGGAAUUCGAGAAAGGAUCGAGAAAUUGAAAAGUGCAGGCUGGGAAAAGAAAAGAUGGGACGGGAGUAGAUAUGAGGCGUUGAGAAAGAAAGUUGAUAAUGAGCUGAAUGGAUGGAUAUGAUAUGAUGAUGAUGAUGUCCUUUUCCUUUUCGUCGCUUCUCAAAUUUUGAAUAAUGUGUUGUUUGGACACGAUAAUGAUAUGAGUGUUUGGUAUGAUGAUACAAUGGUAUGCUCAUUGCAAAAAUGUUGGAUUUUAGGAGUGAGGUGGUUCAGGACGUAUUGGAGCUUUCGCUCCAAAGUGUUGAGCUUUCAGCAAUGGGCUAGAUGUGUAUCGAGUUGAGGGUGGAUGGUUUUACGAUUCGCUCUCGGUGUACCCCUGAUGAUUCGAACAAGGAAUGUCGCAAUAUUGUAUUUAAGGCUGUGACCGCAGCCCAUGCAUCUGGUUGCAGAUUCUAGUACAGAAUACUCGUACAGUAACUAGAACCAGGUUUCCAACGGAGAUCUCGGUAAAAAGGAAUGUGCGAGCAACUUUUGAUCUCCUGUACCGUACUUGGUACACUUCUCUUCCAUUUUCAUCUUCAAUUCCCCCGGUCGUUUUCAUGCUUGUUGCACUGCGGUUGGCGAUAUGAUUGAUGGAAAAGACUCACACUUCACAACUCUAUUCGGCCAUGCAUCUCCGUGGGUAUACGACAUUACAGUAUUCCUACAGUAAUAUA